AUGUAAAAUGCAAGUCCUACAUCCAAAAUGAGAUUAUCUUUAGAAGAAGAUAUACUAAAUGCCUAAGGCGAUGAAUGGGAUGACAUUUUGACUCCAAGUGUAGUGCACAAUGCUGACUCUAUUGCUAAGUAAACAGAAUAUAAGGAUCUUAGGAAUAUUGGUGGUGACUUUGAGGCUUAUUAAAGGCGAUCUAUCGUUUAGCAGGAUUAAGAAUAGAGGAUUGGAACACAGCACAUGGAAUCAAGGAUUGAAGAAAGUGCUCAUCACUCCUCUAGCAAUAAUACUUUUCAUGCCUCAGUGAAAGACGAGUAUCUUAAACAUAAGGAGGAGGAUAUGGAUCCCAAUACAAUAGGUUAGGACAAAAUUAUAGUGAAUCGAGGACGCAUUGAAUCUCAAGCAUAUGAUUAAGACCAGGAAACUAUAGAUCAUUACAAUAAACUUGUGAAUGAGUCCCCUUUUUCUUACUCAAAGUAUAUGAGACAACAAGACUCAAAUACUCGUAAAGCAAUAAAUGACUAGCAUAACCAGCAACUAACGAAUGAAAUAAUUCCUAACUUUCACAUGUACACAGCCAACAUUAAGAACUUCCCAAGUGGUUUGGAAUCAGCUUAGUUCAGUCUGAGAUAGCCGAAUGCGUAAUAGCACACAGCGCUUCUGAACAACUAUCCUCAUUAGAAUGUGACAAUUAAUAUCAAUAACGACACCUAUGUAAAUUAUAAUGUGCAGAUGCCUCUGGGCCAAAGUGGCAUUGAGGUUUAGAAUGGUUCUGAUAACUAAAUUUAAAGCAUCAUUGGCAUAAAAACUCAAAGUGAAAUAGGCAUUAAAAACAAUAACUAAUAGCAGCACUCUAAUGAGUCAAAUAAUGAGUAUAGAUAGCAGCAAGAACACCUAAAUGACAGAGGCAAUCAGAAGAGAGGAAGGACUGCUCCAUUCUAGCAUAAUAACAAUGAUGGGGGCAGGUAUCGCAAGGUCUCAGACUUAAUCAUGAACUUCAAGCAAACCAACUUGAAGCAACAUGAAGUGUUUAGUGAGAAUCAAAGCUAGGCAGACAACUAUGGACUUCAAGGCCUGUUCUAUCACCAUGAUGGUGCUGGUGGCAAGAGUCAGCAGAAUGAUGGGCCAUCUCCAUAUUAACCUCAGAAUACAUAGUAUCUUCAGUACAUGGGAGCUACUACUAAAUCAAUGGGCAGAUAUCCAAUGAAUUAGCAGUUCAACCUGAUAACUAGAGCUCAGAGCUAGCCUGGAAAUGAUGUACCUUCAAAGAUUAGAACUGCUGAGAAUUUUUUCAACGCUAAGUAAAAUAUACAUCUUUAUGGACUGCCUAAUCAUAUGAUUAAAAGUUUUGAGAAAAAGCGUAGUCAAAUGAGAAGUCGAGAAUCAGCAGCAACACAGAUCAUAAGAUAAGUUCCUAAAUACAAUCCAAUAUUAGCUCAGACUAACUAUGGGUAUCUUCCCUAAGGUGCUCAAUCCUAAACUUCCGGCUUUUAUAACAGAACAGUGGCAAGUGCUGGGACAGUGAAUAAGAGGUUUCAAAAAAGAGGAGAGCUGCCCAAGAAUUUAUUUCAAAGAGGAGCUAUGAACAACAGUGCAUCUAGAGAGAGCAAAUCAGGCAAUAGAAGUCCAAUCAAUAAUAGAAAGGGAAUUUUGAUGUCACAAGGGAGUGACUUCAUUAAUCAAAAUUCUCAGCCAUAUUAGUAACUGAUCCACUAGCAAACUUCUAGUAUUUAUAAUGCCUUUGGCAGUCCACCAAAAUAAUCCUAAUUAGACAAUCACUAAAACUCACUAAAUCCCUAUUAACCAUUGUUUGAUAACAGCCGUCCAUUUUCAUAAGGUAAUCAGUUUCAAGCUAAAUCUCCAUUAAGAGAGGCUUAUCAAUUCUCCAAUACUGGAAUGACCAACAAUCAAACCAUACUCUAAAAUAUGAAGGCAGUCCACAAGUCAAAGAAAAAUUCCUUGCCACCUUUAAUAUCUCCUCCUAAGCCACCUCCAAUUCUGAUUGAUUUUGAGUCCUAGUUCGAUAUAAACAUGAAAUAACUGAUGGAAUAGCGAUAACAUGAGAUAGUCUACCUCAACAUUUAUAAUGUGUCCUCAUUCAACAAGUUCAGUGAAUUCCUAGGAUUUGGAUUCUAUCACACUUCUGUUGAAAUCUACAAGCAUGAAUUUUCUUAUGGAGGCCAUGACUAUGACUGCUCAGGAAUCGUUUGUGUUGAGGCUGGUAACAGUGCAGGACUUACACUUAAAGAAAAAUUACCAGUAGGUGUUACAUUUUACAACGAAGACGAAAUUGAUGAAAUUAUCAGACAAUUUGGAGAUUUUUGGAUUGGGAAGGACUAUGAUCCAUUUAGCUACAAUUGUAACUGCUUUACAGAAAGAUUUAUUAGCCAUAUUGUUGAUAAAGAGGAGUACUACUAUCCUAAUUAUGUAAAUAGAUUCACGAAGUUGGGAUCUCUCCUGAAAAUGUGGUUUAAACCUUUAUAAGCUCUAGUUGGUGAUAUUGUGAACUAUGAAGAUGACAAGAAUGAGAAGCCAAUUGAACAAGACCAAAUUUAACCUUUGUUCGAUGAUUAUAGAUAUGAUAGAGAGAGUAUGAUAAUGCCUGGAGUGUCUGGUAACCUUGCCCCUCCACUGCCAUAAAACCUACCUCUCAAUGAAAGAGCUUUGUCAGGAUAGAAUCAGAAACCAAUAUCCCCAAAUAAAUCCCUAAAGAUAGAAGUGAUCUCUAAUUAAAGCCAGUAAAACAGACUUGGAUCACCAAUGCAUCCAGGUUCUGACUUUCACCAGUAUCAGUAAUAGUACUAUAACGAGCAAAUGUUUAUAAGUCACCAGAUUCAUAUUGACUAGUGCAUGAAUUAAGCUUCAGUAGCUAGAGAUAAGGGAGAUCAGUACUAUUAGACAUAGGAUUUUGAUUCAGCUAUGAGAAACUACCAAGAAGCCUUAGACUUUUUAUCAGAACUAGACACUGAAAUCUAUCCAUAAAUCAGAGAGAUGGUUACCUAGUUACUCUUGAGUAUGGCAAGUUGUUGUCAAAUCACUCAAAUGUAUGACUAUGUGAUACAUUAUUGCUCUCAAUGCAUCGAAAUAGAUUAGCUUAAUGAAAGAGCAUAUCAGAAACGAGCUAAUACUUUCUUGCUUUUGGGUAAUUAUUUGGAGGCCAGAGCUGAUCUUGAACUGGCCCAGAAGAUCUCACCAGAGGAUUUGAUUAUCAAGGAGGAACUUAAAUUUGUGGAGGAUAAGAUUUAAUACGGAGAUGUGUUUACUAAGAUAAAUAAGGCUAGAGAUGUUGCCUCAAAUGAAGUCUCAUAAUUCAACAAAGAGGAUUGA